AUCCCCGAUCGAUCUGGUUUUAGUGCUGGACGUUCGAUACAGUUCCACGCGUGAUUGUAACGUCGGUGUUAGCCCGCCGAAUCCAGACCGUGUUUCCAUUAGCGCUGAGCGCGGGAGAGUAGAGGGAGAAUGGAUGCCAUCUAGUUAUUGUCGAUCUUAUGUGGGAAUGAAUGCUCUAAAGUAAGGAUCCAUGGCGGGGUAUGGCGAGGGUUACACUGGGCCAGGUGAUGGUUCCAGUUCUGACGGUCCGGCGGAGGAGAAACAUGAGGUAGUCGAGAGGGGUAGUAAAGAGACGGGCAGCAAACCCAAGCGCAAGAGGAGCUGCCCCAUGUACUUCGGGGUCAAGUCGUACCUGCACCACUUCUACGAAGACCCCACCUUCAAGGACCCCUCGGUCUACGAGGACGAUGACCACCGCUUUCUGCUGCAGCCCCAUCAGAGGCGUCGGCGGUGUACGCCCAUAUGGUGGAAGCUGUUUAUGUGGAUCGGGGUCACCCUCCUACUAUUCGGUGUUACCGGCAUUCUGAUUGGCUACCUCGUUCCACCACGUCACGUCCUGAUUGGCGACAGCCUCACCGGAAACGCGUACGUGGACCAGCGCGCGCAGGAAUACAACACGACCUUGGACAUGUGCAAGCUGAUUGGUCUGAUCCUCUUCUGCAUAGGGGGCGUCACCUUGGCCAUGUCGCUCCUCUUCCCCUCCUUCCUCACCCGGUACUGUGACGACGAGGCGACCUGCGAUGACCCGGAUAUGAAGGUCCCGCUUCAGACCGAGGCCAUGGAGAAGGGGCCCCUGAACCCUGUGCAGAUGGCCAUCCCGGCAUCCUCGCUGGUGAAGGAGGUUCAGCCCUCCAAGAAGCCCGAGCAGCAGAUGUUGACUCAGACGGCCCCAGUGUCGAUAGACAAAUAGACCCGAAUCUUCUUCUUCUUCUUCGCUCUCCUCGUGUCCCCAGCUUGUAUUGCGUGUUGAAGAAAUGGAACAUCUCCGUAUAUUCGUACAAUUUACUUCCUGACUUGAAACUCACUGGAUUUAGUAAAGAUU